UCCGUUCGAUCGUUCGUACAUUCAUUCCUUCAUUCGUUCACUGUUCCCCUUGAGUACUUAUAAAACCCCGUGAAACCUUUUGCGGACCAACACUAGUCCUUCGAACAUCCUGCCGUAACCAUCACCGACUUACCACUAAAAUAACACUUACAAGGUUCUCUUAUCGCUCCUUAUCAAUACGAUGUCCACGUAUCGGUGUAACGUUAGUGCAAUUUUGCUUGUCGUGGCAUUACUAGUAAUUAAUUGUACAAGAGGGCAAUCCGAUAAUUUUCCGUAUGGAGAAAAACGUCAAGAGGGCAGUGCAACACAUUACUGUGGAAAACGUCUGUCAAAUGCCUUGCAAUUAUUUUGUAACGGUGUUUACAAUUCAAUGUUCAAAAAAAGUGGACUAGAAAUGGAAAUGGACGAUUAUCCAUAUGCAUACGAUUAUCCAUUAAGAUCACGAGCAAGCGCUAAUGCAAUGAUGGGCCGAUUUGGAGGCGCGAGAUUUAGACGAGAAUCACGUGGUGUACAUGACGAGUGUUGUGUUAAGCCUUGUUCUAUUCCAGAAUUAAUGAGCUAUUGUGGUAAUUAAAUUAAAAAAUAAUAAUUGAUACGGAAGAAGUUCAUCAUCUUUCACGUCAUUGCUGUCGUCACGUAACAUCUAUUAUAUAUAUAUAUAUAUACAUAUAACUUUUUUUUUAUUAUUCGAAAAAAUAUUUGCGAAAAAUAGUAAUUAAAAAUUUUGGUAAAAUACUCAGUCCCCGGCGCCAUUUAAUUUUUUUUUUUUUUUAUAAAUUUUUUUACCAAAAAUUUGAAAAUAAAUUCUACACUUGAAAAAUCGGGAAUAAAUUCAAAGUUAAUUUAAAAUCUGAAUCAACUCCGUCACUAAAAAACCGCGAAUGGAGUAAAUUUUUAAAAAGAGUUUUUGUCAGCGAAGUUAAUUGUGGAUUUGAAUUUUUGAAUCCUUAUCCAUUCUAAGGGCGGAAUUAAAAUUUUCAAUAAAUUUAUGUUUAAUUACAAAAUUUCAAUUCAAAAUUUCGAAUAAAUUAUUUACGUAUUAAUUUUGACUUCCCGGUUUUUUUAUGUACAAAAUAAAAAAAAAAAAUUUUGCUCCAUAGGAAUUGAAUGAAAAAAAACACCCGCUCCGCAUUUAAUCCACAAAUAUUUAAUAACUAUAUAAAUUAAUUAAAUAUCAUAUUUAUGUUUGUAAUAAUUAAUAAAUGGUCGAGCAAAAAAAAACAUAAAUUUAUGAAUAAAAUAUAUAUAAAACUGCUGGAUACUGAUAUAAAAAUGGAAAUCGGGUACCUCGCCCUAAGGGUUAUAAUUUAUAAAUUUAUAAUAAUUAAAUAAAUAACAUGACGAUAAGCGAAAGAUCUCAAUCAAUAAUUUAAAAAUUGCUCUAUUUACGUCCAUAGCUAGUCUAAUUAUUCUGCUCUCUCUUCUUUAAUUUAAAACCUCUAUAUUUUAUAACUUACAAUUAAUUAUUCUCUAACUAAAUUAUGUAUAAAAAAAAGUUAAAUAAUUUUUUUUUGAAUUAUUAAUUUAAAAAAAAUAAAUAAACCGGCUAUAAAACAAAAUAAGUAUCAAUAUAAUUUAUUUAAGCGUAAAAUAAUAAAUAAUUAUUUAUGAAUUUAAAAAAAAGUAAUAAAAUAUAUAAAGCGUAAAUAUAAAUAGAUGUUGCUUUUAAGUAUUGGAAUAAAAUCGAUUGAGCAUGUACACUGUACAAGAAUGUUUGAUCGUAGCGUGUGAUAACUAUUAAAAGAAAAUAAAAAAAAAUAAAUAAUAAAUAAAUAAAUAAUAACAAUAGCGUUACGGCUAUACAUUUUUUUUAAACACUACUUCGCAUAUUAUACGUGCCAUGCAAUGUAGACAAUGUAUGAUAAAUUAUGCUUUAAGAUGACACAUGUAAAGGAAAAAAAAAAUAACAGUUGUCAUUAUUCAUUAUCUUAUUUCUUGUAUUUGUUUUUUUUUUUUUUAUUUACAGCUAUGGCUUUUCCUUUUUUUUCUACUCUACUGCUUUAUAUUUAAAAUAAAAUAGCAAAUUUGAUUGAUUGAUUUAUUGAUUAAUUGAUAAAUAAUAAUUAUAUAUGUAUGUAUAUACAUAUAUAUAUAUAUAUAUAUAUAUGUAUGGUAGUAUGACUUGUAGUUCGCGGAUAAAAUAUACCCGAAAAAAUAUCCGAUUACAAAUUAUCCGAUAGACAAAAUAUCUCCGGACUAAAUAUUUACACAGUAAAAAAAAUUGUGUGUCUGUGUUAAAAACGGUCCGUGUUAAAUUUUUUGUGUUGAUUAUUUUGUGUCAAAUCAACACAAUUCUCUGUGUUACUUUAAAAUUUUUAAUCGGUCUAGUAUUCAACACUUUAAAAGUGUUACCUAGUACAAAAGUCGAUAUUAUUAACAGUUAUUAAGUGUUACUUUAAAAUCAACACAGAAAAAGUGUUGAAGCGACAGUUGAAUUGUGUUAAAAAAAUGUCUUUCUUCUAUUCACGCGGGAAGCGACAUUAAGCAUCAGUUUUGCUUGGUUAGUUAUUAUUUUUGUGACAUUGAUUUUAUUUAUUUUCAAUUAGACAUGAAAAAAUAAACUUGACAAAGUUCAUCAUUCGUAUAGUUUAAAAAAAAAAAAAAAAUAUUUAAAAAAUUGCAUCUGUGGCUUUUUUACUUUUCUACGUGCGCACAUUUUUAUUUUUUAUUUUUUUUUCGUAAUUGAUUUGUUGAUAAAAAAAUUGAAAAAUUGUUAACUGUCUGCUAACUUUAGGAUCAUGUUUACUAUCACAAAAUAGUUAAAUGUUAAAUAAUAAUUGUUGACACUUUUGAUAAUCUAAAAAUAAUUCAUGGUACAAAAAUAAAAUGUAAAAGUUAACAUUUUUUUUGUGUCCCGAUUAACAUUUAAAAAGUGUUGAAGUUACUUCUCAUAUUACUCGAAUUGUGUGUUGAAAUUUUAACACAAAUUUUGUGUUUAAAUUCAACACAAACAGUCUGUGUUGAAAAAUAACACAAAUAUUGUGUGGACCGUUUCUAACAUACACUGUGUUGAUUUUAACACAAUUUUUUUUACUGUGUAAGAGACAUUCUAUUUUUAAUAUCAAACACUCAAAUUUUAUGUGCAAAUAUAUAAAAAUUUCUGAUAAAAGGGUACCGUACUAUUUAUAUUAUAAGAUAUUUUGUCGAAGAUAUUUUAUCUAUCGAGUAUUUAGUCCGGGGAUAUUUUGUCUAUCGGAUAAAAAGGAUCCAAAUAUUUUAUCGCGGAAAUUUUGUCUUCGGAUAAUAAGUGACGGUACCAUAAGUAUAUGUAUAUAUAUAUAAUAAAUUAUUUAUGGAAUAAAAUGCCUGAGGAUUUAAGACUUUUGUUAUUAAAUUGACGUAAUUAAAAUAAUGGAAAUGCUUUUAUUUUUAAUUGUUAUUAUUAAUUAUUAUUAUUUUUAAUUGAUCUCGAUUGUAAAAUUAUUUUACGUAUGACUUUUUUUUUCUAUUAAUAUUUUUUUAAGAUUUAUAUUAAUUAAAAAAAAAGUUAUUAAUACUCUGAUUAAAAACUUCGGUAGAUUCUGUGGGAAUUAAUAAUUUUUUGUCGAUCAUUUUUCCUAUUUAAUUUUUCAACCGAUUCAAUCGGAGUUUUUAAUCAGGGAUAAAUUAAAUAUCAAUAGAAAAAUCAGGCAUAUUUUUUAUGCUUAGUAUAUUAUUAUUUAAGUUAAUUAUUUUUAAUUUUAUUGUAAAAUAAUUAUAAGAAAAAAUGGAUAAUUUAAAAUAAAAUUAUAGCAUGAGAAGACAUAAUAAUUAUAUAUAAUACAGAAAAAAAAAAAUA